AGUUAGCAAAGUGGCCUAAAGGGAUGUAAAGUAAAAUAAUGGAACACAUCUACAGUAAAGACAAAAAUGCUUAUUAAUCAUAUUUAUUGUGUUCUGGUGUCUGUGUGUUUUGCUCAGGUUCAGUUGAUCAUGUCCGAAACAAACUGUUCAUCUGCGGUGCUGAGCUGUGUUCAGGAGUUCCUGUGCAACUCCACCUUCCCGGUAAACCUGAGUGACAUGGAGAUGGAGGAUUACUGCCUGAGCCUGGAUGAUUACCUGACGAAGUACCUGGGUCCUCGGCGCUCCCCCGUCUUCCUGCCUGUGUGCAUCACUUACAUGCUGAUCUUCAGUGUGGGAGCAGUGGGGAACACUCUCACCUGCGCUGUGAUCACACGCCACCCAGUCAUGCGCACACCCACCAACUUCUACCUGUUCAGUCUGGCUGUGUCCGACCUGCUGGUGCUCAUCCUUGGCAUGCCGCUGGAGCUGUACGAACUGUGGAGUAACUACCCCUUCCUGCUCGGGAAGAGCGGCUGCUACUUCAAAACCUUCCUGUUUGAGACGGUGUGUUUCGCCUCGGUGUUGAAUGUGACGGCGCUCAGUGUGGAGCGCUACAUCGCCGUCGUGCACCCACUGAGGGCGAAAUGUGUGGUGACACGUGCCCAUGCCAAGCGUGUGAUCAUCUGUGUUUGGAUUGCAUCUGUGAUUUGUGCGCUGCCCAAUGCGAGCCUGCAUGGAAUUUUCACACUGCCAAAACCCCGUGGGAGUGGAGAGGGGCGCGAGCUGAGUUCAGCUAUGUGCACGCUGGUGAAACCACGCUGGAUCUAUAACCUGAUCAUCCAGAUCAGCACACUCAUCUUUUUCAUCCUGCCCAUGAUGACAAUCAGCACACUCUAUCUGCUCAUCGGCAUCCAGCUGAAGAGGGAGAAGAUGCUGCAGGCUAAAGCUGAGUGUGAGAACAAUGGCCACAGAAACGCUAGUGUGCGCACUCAACAACCACGAACACGAAGACAACAGGUCACCAAGAUGCUGUUUGUGUUGGUGGUGAUGUUCGGGAUCUGCUGGGCACCGUUUCACACAGAUCGCCUCAUGUGGAGUUUCAUGGAUGAGUUCUCUGGUGUGGAGAUGUUUCGGGUGUUUGAGUAUGUCCACGUCUUCUCGGGCGUAUUCUUCUACCUCAGCUCGGCCGUGAACCCCGUGCUCUACAACCUCAUGUCCACCCGCUUCCGUGAGAUGUUCAAGGACGUGAUGUGCGUUCACAAACGAGGCUCUGCCCACAGGAAGUACUCUCUGAGCAUGACACGAGCCACUGUGCGCAGUGUCCUGAGUGAUGUUGCUAAUGGCAAUGCUGCUGCCGAUGGAGAUUAUGAGUUUUAUGAAUGUCAUGAAAACGAGACCACAUGUGACUUAGGGAAAGAAACAAACACACUUUGACUUGGAGGUGUGUGUUGGUGUUAUGGACAUGUAUAUGCAGGUGUAUUUAAACAAUACAAUGAUGUGUACAUUUGUGUCCAAUCAGAGUCUCUCUUAAUGUUUCUGUGAACUUUCUUAUGGAAGAAAAAAUCGGCUUAGUGAAAUGUAAUUAUGAAUUUAAAAAAUGAAAUCAUGUCUGGGCCGUUACAGCUGACUCACUAGCUAAGGGAAUUUGUUUUUAAAAAAUUAAAAUAUUCUACUUGUAACUGUUUUAAUUAUUUUUACAAUGCACACCAUUGCUAUGUUAUCUAUGUGUGUUGUA